AUGUCAUUCUCCUCAUUCAAGAAUCCGGCGACAUACCAUCUGCUCAGCUAUGGCACCCUUCUGGGUUCAACGCUCUUCCAGUCCUUCGUCUCAGGCAUCGUAGCCUUCCGCGUCCUCCCUCGUCCUCAAUUCUCCACGCUCCAGAAGCACACAUUCCCCGUCUACUUCACACUACAAACCCUCACUCCCGUCGUCAUGCUGCUCACGUACCCACGCGGCGGAGCAUCGUCCUUGCUACCAUUCCUCUCUUCCUCGCCCAUCCCGCCGACGGCAACCGAUAACCUGAGUUCCUGGCUGCACACCACAAUGUUUCUCACGGCGCUGGUCAACUGGGUAUACGUUGGACCCAAGACAACGGAGGUCAUGGGGCUAAGGAAGCAUCAGGAGACGAGGGAUGGGAAGAAGAGCUAUGAUGCCGGGCCGCAUAGUAAGGAGAUGCAGGCCCUGAACAAGCAGUUCGGCAUUCUGCACGGCGUCAGCAGUCUGGUCAACAUGGUGGGAUUGGGAGCUAUGAUCUGGUACGGUGCAGUGCUGGCUGAUGGGUUGAGCUUACGCUGCGUCAUGGCGAUCGCACCUCUAGAACUGAGCUCAGCCAAACCCUCAAACUUCAACACCGACGCACAUCCGCAGGCUCAGAAAGACGCAACAAAUGAUGGUCGAGAAGCAGUACAAUACCGACAACUCAUCUCUCGAGCUGUAACACAGCGUCUGCAUUCGCCAUCCCUCGAGGACCUCACGAUGACCAAGGCGGGCGACGCACCCGUACGUUCCCUAGAAGAAUGGGAGCUGCAAGAGCGCUGUAUCGCACGGAGUAAAGCCCGGAUUGAGGCCGAAGAGCUGGGUAUCCCAUGGAAACAAUUCAUCCACGAAGUCGAAAGCGCCACUCUGCAAGUCCACGUCCUCACCCCAACUCGGUACGAAGUGCCGCCGAAAAACAUAGACUCGAACCAAGAGGCGAUUACACAGAACGAGGAGAUGACAUACAGAUUUGGCGACUCCAAAGAUGAAGCGCGUGAUCAAGAGUGGAAGACAAAAGACGCUGCUGUGUUGCUGUUUUUCGUCAAGAUGCGCGGUGUGUCCAUUCGCCAAGUGGAGGUGCAUGGUGGUUGGCCAUCAUGGUUCGCGGGUAAAUGGUGUCUUAUAUUAAGCUUAAACAAUCAAGCUGUUCCAAACACGGCUUGCUCAUCCUUCAGUUUCAAGCUUUUCAAGCCGAAAGUCUUAACAAACAUGGUGUAUCCAGCGGCGAGGAUGUUGAGGUCACUAACCAUUGCAUUAGCCUCUGCAGGGCUGGUGCUCAGCAACCCCAUUUCGAGUCCCAGAACAUCUUCAGAGACUAGGGACGUCAGCCGCACCAAACCGUUGCUACAAGACUUCGACGCUCUUGGAGCAUGGUUCGACGGUGUCGCGGCGAUCAACACAACCACCUCUGCCUCCUCAUCCAAGAAGAAUGCGACCAUCGCGAUAGUCGGCGCCGGAAUCUCUGGUCUCGCUACGGCACUGAUGCUUGACAGCGUUGGUGUGCACAACUGGGAGAUCAUCGAGGCAAGCGACCGGGUCGGAGGACGGUUCCGGACCAAGUACGUUGCUGGAACGCAAGAAUGGGCAGAGAUGGGUCCUAUGCGGCUUCCUCACUCGAUUACAUACAAGGAUGGAGAGACCAUCGAAUACAGCGACCAUCAAAUGGUAUUCCAAUUGGCCGAGAUGCUCAACGAGAUGAACGCAAACAAUCCGCAUUACAAAGUCGACUUCAUCCCAUGGGUUCAGCAUCAUCCCAAUGAGAUCCUCGGCCUUGGAACUGGCAGACUUCCAAACGGACAACUUCCGACGCGAGCUGAGAUUCAAGCAAACUUGUCUCUUGGGCGACCAGCACCAUUGGACACGCAGGAGUACACCGAAACCAAGCAGCGCAUGAACGAGCUUCUGAAGUCAAAGGACAGACUCAAGGCCGUGCAACGCGACGUGUGGCGCGAACACAAGAAGGCCAUGAAUCAAGGUCUCGACGACUGGAGCGAGCAGGCCAUGAUGCGCCACGUCUUUGGCGCAAGCGAAAACGUCACAGACGCCAUCUGGACAGCGAGCGACUACGACGUCUUCUGGGAUGAGUUAGUGCACAACUCGAACCUUGCGCAAGAUGGCGGACCGGAUGCAUUGGGCACGACUGAGUGGAAGUGUGUAGACGGCGGCUUUAACAGACUGUCUGAUGCAUUCCUUCAACAUGUCAGCGACCGUCUCACCCUCAACCGUAAGAUCAGAAAACUGGAGGCUGUUGAAAAUGCCGAAGGUCGCACACGCACGAAACUGUCGUGGUAUCCCAGCGUCAGUAACCGAACAUAUGAGUCGAAAGAGUACGAAUACACAAUCAUGGCAGUGCCAUUCACCAUGACACGCUUCAUGUCGCUUCCGAAGUUCUCCUCCGUACUCAGUCGCGCGAUUAGCGAAGCUGGCCUCCGCUUCAAAUCCGCUUGCAAAGUAGCGCUGCUCUUCAAAGAACGUUUCUGGGAGAAGGGCGAUCGUCCCAUCUUCGGUGGAUACUCCACGCCGCCCAGUGCAGCCGUCGGCGCUCUCUACUACCCCGUCUACGGCCUCAACGAGUCUCGCCCAGGCUUGAUCCUGCAUUACCGGGGUGGCCACUGGAGCGACGAGUUCACGAGCUUCUCAGACAAGGAGUAUGUGCAGACUGUGUUGGAUGCUGUUGUCAGUGUGCAUGGCGAGCAAGCGAGAGAGCUGUAUACGGGCGACUAUGAGAAGCUGACGAGCAUACGGGAACUGCUUGGUGCCGUCCGGAUGUGA